AUGGCGCCAACCACGCUCGAGAAUGCCUUCUCUAAGGACUCAUCCUCCACCGCCAUCGUCGUUCCUGGUCAGUCGCCUUUGACCAUCUCGUACCAAAAGCUAGCGACCGACGUCAAGUCGUUCCAGCGCCAGCUCGCAAAUGUCGGCGUCUCUGCCCAAGCCGCUGUCUCCAUCGCCCUGCCCAACACGUACGAAUUCAUCGUCUCCUUCAUCGCCGCUUCAUGGCAGCGAGCCAUUGCCGCCCCAUUGAACCCUGCGUACAAGCAGUCCGAGUUCGAAUUCUACAUUGAUGAUUUGAGUUCGGCCAUCGCUCUGGUUCCCAAGGGCGCAUUCGCCCAGGAUGCCGCAGCCGUACGGGCAGCAAGGAAAUACAACGCCGCCAUCGCCGAGUGUUAUUAUAACGGAAAAGAGGUCAUUUUGGAUGUCAAGGAAGCUGGAAAGCUCGCUGGAAAGUCCGCCCCGAUCGAGGCUGCGCAGCCCGAUGAUGUUGCUUUGGUACUACACACCAGUGGAACCACUGGGCGCCCAAAGGCGGUGCCACUGUCGCAUCGCAAUUUGCUGCGCACCAUGAAGAACAUUCAGGCCACCUACGAACUAUCCACCAAAGAUCGCACCAUGCUCGUCAUGCCGCUGUUCCAUGUGCAUGGGCUUUUGGCUGGCUUCCUCGCCCCACUCGCAUCUGGCGGCUCUGUGAUAGUCCCGGUCAAGUUUUCGGCAUCGGAUUUCUGGAAAGACUUUACUCAACACCAAGCCACUUGGUACACGGCAGUUCCUACCAUCCACCAGAUCCUGCUGCGGAGCCCUCUACCUAACCCUGUGCCCAAGAUCCGCUUCAUUCGAUCAUGCUCCUCUCCUCUCUCUCCCAAGGUUUUCCAUGAGUUGGAAAAGACCUUUGGUGCUCCAGUACUCGAAGCCUACGCUAUGACGGAAGCUGCGCAUCAAAUGACGAGCAAUCCAUUGCCUCCUGGUAAGCGUCAGCCCGGCAGCGUCGGUAUUGGUCAAGGUGUUGAGGUUAAGAUCCUCGAUGACAAAGACAACGAGGUGCCACAAGGAAAAGAGGGUGAGAUUAGCAUUCGUGGUGAGAAUGUUACCAAAGGCUAUCUGAACAACCCUGCUGCGAAUGCUUCGUCGUUUACCAAGUCCGGGUUCUUCCGCACUGGCGACCAGGGCAAGAAGGAUCCCGAUGGCUAUGUGAUCAUCACUGGUCGAAUCAAGGAGCUCAUCAAUAAAGGUGGUGAGAAGAUCAGCCCAAUCGAGCUCGACAACAUCAUUGCGCAGCAUCCAGCUGUUUCUGAAGCUGUCAGUUUCGCCCUGGAAGAUGAGAUGUACGGGCAGGACGUGGGCCUCGCAGUUGUCGUAAAGUCUGGCCAAAAGCUGAAUGCUGGAGAGCUGAAGGCGUGGCUCACCGAUCGUGUGGCCAAGUUCAAGCUCCCGAAAAAGAUCUUCUUUACAGACAUAAUGCCAAAGACAGCCACCGGAAAGAUCCAGCGUCGUUUGGUCGCCGAGGCUAUGCUCAAGAAAGAGCAAUCCAGCGCUAAAUUAUAAACACCUACCAGAUCGAUGUACCUUGUAAGAUAUAGAAUAACAUACUUUUUGAUGUAGUACCAUCUACCCCCAGAUAUGAAUAAAGCCCGUACAUAUAGACUCAUGCAACGAUGCUUCCGCGUCAUAAUGGGGCGUUUGGAAACAUCAUGAUCUUCGUUCCGCAUUCGUUUCAGCGGAGCGAUGGCGCUAUCAGCCACUACCCGCUUUACGCAGGCAUGCUAACUUGACCGCAGCACCUGACCCACGAGCAUUUGAUGAUGAUCCUGUUAUUGAACAAACCCCAUGCCAGAGCUGGAUAUAUCCCUUCAAUCAAGUGUUGUCAUGUUCAAUUGUAGAAGUUUCGACUUCCUUGAAGUUUGAUGCGAUGCUCAAACCG